GAGUGGUACCCAGCAGCGAGGCCAGGCGAGCAAAGGGGACGCGCAGUGUGUCGGCGUAAGGAGGGGCUGACCCUGAAAUGCACUGCUGUGGCUCGUACAGAAACCCAGGAGCAAAUCUAGGAGCCAAAGCAGACUAAAACACAAGCCCACAACAUCAAGGAGAUGCUUUGAAUCUCUAUUAAAGAAUAGCUACAACCUUGGGAUGGAGAGAGCCCUGCUGAGCCCAAGGUCUGGGUUUCUUCGGCUGAGGAGGUUUUCUCCUCACUUCUUCCCUUUCCCUGUCUUUGCCCCUCUGCAGCUGUCGCCCUCUGUCCCACAGUGCUCCUGUGACUGUCUCCCAACAGCUGGAUGUGUUUGGGCAUCGGAGCUGACAGUGGUGUGAGAGGAAGACCUGUCUGAGGGCAAUGCCAGCCAUGCGUGGGGUUGGCAGACAGACCCUUCCCCCUGCCUACACCCCACUAGCCACGGCAUCUUCCCCAUCCAGCCAACACAGAGAUGUCCUUUCGGGUGUCCCUUAAAGUCUCUGUAACUUUAAUCCUGCCUGGGAGUGAACGUGUGUUCAGACCUUGACCAACUGAGGACAUCAUGAGACAUCUUUACCUGAGGGUGGUUUAACCUGUUUAAAAACUGAGAUUAUAGAAUCCUAGAACGGUUUGAGUUGGAAGGACCCUUGGAGCCCACCCAGUUCCAACACCCCUGCCAUGGGCAGGGACACCUCCCACUGGACCAAGACGCUCAAAGCCCCAUCCAACCUGGCCUUGAACCCCUCCAGGGAUGGAGCAGCCACCACUGCUCUGGGCAACCUGGGCCAGGGCCUCACCGCUCUCAUUGUGAAGAAUUUCUUCCCAUUGCCUAAUCCAGAUCUUCCCCCUUCCCAUUAAAAGCCAUUCCCCCUCAUCCUAUCACUCCAGUUCCUUGUAAGAAGACCCUCCCCAGCUUUCCUGGAGCCCCUUUCAGCACUGGAAGCUGCUCUAAGGUUCUCCAGGCUGAGCAACCCCAACUCUCUCAGCCUGUCCUCCUAGCAGAGUUGCUCCAGCCCUUGGAUCAUCUCUGUAGCCUUCCUCCUGACCAGUUCCACCAGUUCCAUAUCCUCCCAUACACUGUUUGAAGCCCCUGCAGCACAGGGAUGAGCCCACUCCUGACCAUCCCCACACCCCCAGGCGGUCAUUUUCCCCUCUUCUCUGCAUUUAAUUAUUUGAUUUCUUCAAAGCAGGUUUUGGGGUGGGGGAUUUGAAGGUAGAGGGCGGUGGCAGCGAGCGUAACCCCUGCGGUGGAGCUGGUUUGCAGCAGCAGGACCCCUACGUGUGGGCACAGCAUUCGGGGUGGCAUCACCCACCGACCCUCCAAAGGGAGGUUUGGGUGAGCGCGGCAAGAGAGAGAAAAAUGUGACAGGGUUAGGGAAGGCAGGGAUUAACAUAUUCCCAAGCUAUCUGCCUUGGCCAGCGAAGAUAAAACGCUGGUACCUUCUGAGUGACGAAAAUCCCUGUGCUGAUUUGAUGAGAGGGGAUGGCGGGGAGGGGAGAUGCCCCAGCUCGGUCCCUGCCAGGGCUCUGACAUCAGCACAAACCUGGCCAUAAAAACAGCAACCGGAGGGCCCUCCAGCUCAGAGAGCGGCCACUCGCCUCGGUGGGACGGCAGCCGGGCACCUCGCCGCGCCGCGUUGUAUCGGAGGCUGCAGUCUUUGUGGGACCUGCAGGAAGCGCCGGGAGCCGGGAAGCUUUGGGGCCAAGGCGCUGUAGCCGGAGAGUUCCAGGGAUGAAGCUGGGGGCCGCCUGCCUCCUGUGCCUGCUGCUCGCCUGCCUGAGCCUGCCCGUCGCCCGCGGCCGCAUCCACGAGCGCUCCAUGGAAAUCAGGAAUCCGGACAUCGACCCCUCCUGGUACACGGGGCGUGGGAUCAGGCCGGUGGGGCGGUUUGGGCGGCGACAAGCCCUGGCUGAAGGCGUCCAUCCUGCGUGGGGUGGCAGGUGGCAAGGCUGCCCCCCAUCCCACCUACACCUCCAGCCUCCCCGGGAGGAGCAGAGCCCCUGAGCUGAAGCCAACAAUAAAAGCCCUUCUCCUUUCAGUCCCUGUGUCCCAGUCUCUCUGCUCUGAAACACAGCAUGGGAGUCACAGAGGGGAUGUGGGGCAGGGGGUGCAACCCAGAACUUGUUGGUCUUGAUGUGGUUUUGCAGCGUGCUCCAGCAGUGCACCCAGUACUUCUCUCUGCACGGCUCAGCUUGUUUUUCCCCUCUAUACCCCAAAAAACACCCUAAAAUUAAGCCCUGGAGGGCCACCUUUCCCAGGUGCAUCCCCUGGGGUCCCCGUAGCAUGCAGGACACCCAUGGAUGUCCCCAACAUCUUCCUUUUCAUUGUGUGGGAAUCAGAAACAGCCACACCAUUUCCGUGACCCAGGUCAGAAGCACUUGGAGAGCACGGCGGGCCCAGUCCCUUGUACUCUAUGUCCCCAAAUGUCCUCUCACAAGGCAAAGUCGGAGUAUUUUCUCCAUUCUUCAGUUUAGGGGUGACAGGGACCGUGGGAGGCCAUGGGGAAAGGUGACCCAUAAUUCUCAGCAUCCUUGGCUGUGGCUGCUGGAGGUCCAGGGCUCCUUGGAGAGGAAAGGGUUAAUCUCGGGAGGGAGGGGGCAGAUGGGAGGGAUGAGUGGCAAUUAACACCUCCAGCCUCCCAGCUGCUCUAAAGAAGAGGAUUUAGGCUGGAAGAGGUUUCCUCUUCUGC